UAUUUUUGGAGUCACAAUGGCGCCAUCGCAACGCCUUUCUCUACUUGUAAGGAGGGAAUUUCUACACGUCAGUGUUAAAGUAUUUCGUCACGGGCUUGUUAGAUUUAAUGCUGGGAGGUCGUUGCUUUUAUUCCGUCAUUUCUCUCCUCCUGUGUAUAGCCAAAGAACUACAUUUGAAUUUCCUGCUCUCAAGAGGACACGGAAGAGACGAUAGACGGUUUACUUUUUUCGUCUCCUGCGAAACACACCCACUUCAUCUGUCAGAUCUAGCCUAAGUGAGGAUUGAAUAAAAUCUAGGCUAGCUUCAGUGCCUGAAGUCAAGACUUAUAACGUGUUUUGAGCACAAAGUGUACAGCUAUGCCAGUGUAGAGAUCUAGUUAUAUCUGCCUUGGAACUUGGAGUACUUUCUUGUUUUUAAAAAAAUUGGGGCAGCUGCACUUAUCCUUGUAAAAGAAAAAAAAAACAGGGAAAAACGAAAGACAGAAAUCUAGGCCUACUCCACAUUGAGAUGACUAGGCUGUCUUUGUUCAAAAGAAUCCCCAAGUCUUCACUAAAAUUGCUCCUGUACAGCUAGCCUACAUCAAUACUCUCACGAACUGGACCAAGCGCGCGACAUGUGCGCCAGGUGCGUCUUCUACACUCUAUCGUGACAUCAACACAAGUUACCACGUCAUCGAUCUUAUCUCCGCGGAGCUGGCUGUCUGCUAGCUAUAUAAGCCUCUGUUACGAUGGCACAAGGCAACGGUGUCAUUCUUUACUCGGGCGAUCUCCAAAACCCAACGUUCAAGGACGCCUCUCUACCCAGGCACCGGCAUCCCCGCUCAUUUCACAAAGACGGUUCUAAACGCCGGUUUAUCAUGGCAGCCUGUUUUAUUGUUUCACUUCUGCUUAUAACUGCAGUGAUUGUUGGACCUACUUUAGCUUUUCUCACUUCUGGCAGCAGUAACAGACCUCUCAAAGUGGCAGCAUUCAAUAUUCAGCAUUUCGGCCGUUCCAAGAUGUCUGACACCACGGUAGCCAAUCACAUUACGGAGAUCUUGGUGCGCUAUGAUGUCAUUCUCAUUCAGGAAGUACGCGACUCCACCGGAAGUUCGCUGAAAGAUCUGUGGUCACGUCUCAACAAGACGGACGAUUGGGGUUUCGUGGCAAGUGCUCCAAUCGGCCGCACCACAUACAAGGAGCAGUAUGUGUUUUACUACAGGCUGAAACUCGCGCACUUAUUGAGUACAUAUCAGACCCCGGACUCGAGUGACGUAUACGAGAGAGAGCCGUUUUCUGUGGAGUUUGAGUACUUUUCUGUUACUCCGGGAACGAAGAAGCAGGUGGUGCUCAUGGCUCUACACUCUCGCCCUACCGACGCUUUUGACGAACUCGACCACCUCCCAACCUCCAUCAAGUCAGCUGCUAGCCACUUUAAGGGCGCAGGCGGUGUGGUUGCCAUGGGAGACUUCAACGCCGAUUGCAAUUAUGUUUCUUCCACCAAGCAGUUGCAGCUAGAAAUCUUCAAAGACAACUCAGAAUUCACCAGUCUUAUCCCUGACUCGGCGGACACUACAUCUGGUGACAGCAACUGUGCAUAUGACAGAAUCAUCGUCUUCGGACAUGACAUCAGAGCACGCGACGCUAAAGUAUAUAACUACCAAAAAGCAAUGGGCCUCAGUGACGACGCAACAGGGGAUAUCAGCGAUCACUAUCCAGUGGAAUUUCAGCUACAUUAGAUCUGUGAUCUGUAGUGAUUUCGUCUUUGCAGUCCAUAAUCAUAAGAUCAAGAAGAAAGGACACUGUGCCGGGACAGCUAAUUUGCAGAAGACUGAACAUUCCUUACAGGCUGGCCAGGGUUUUGUUAUCAUUGUUCAUUGGCAUUGUUUAUUUAUGGUUAUAAUGUGGGCAUUAUUUUCUAUGCAAAGGUGUACACUGUGAAAAUAAAUGCUCGCUGGGCUUUCAUUAUUAUUCACAGCA